AUGAAUGACAUCGCUGUCAUGAAAUCGAAGGAAGAGGAAGGCGAUAGUGUAGUGGUGCUCCGCAAAGGCGGCGAAGCCGCAAUGCCACUGAGUCUGACAUACGGAGCAUCGGAAAAAUAUCGAACCGACGGCCUCUGGAUGCCGCGCCGGAGAAAGCAUCGGACCGUUGAGGUAUUGGAGAUGGGGUCGGAAAAAUUAUCUGGGCGGUAA